GGCCACCCUGACCCGUGGAAGCGCGGGUAGGAAACCCCGCGGCCGCCGCUGAAAUCUCUCUUUUCAGGACCCGCGACCGGAGCGAGGCGGCGGUGCAAAGAUGCAGAUCUUCGUGAAAACCCUCACGGGGAAAACCAUCACCCUCGAGGUUGAACCCUCCGAUACCAUCGAGAAUGUGAAAGCUAAGAUCCAGGACAAGGAGGGAAUCCCUCCCGACCAGCAGAGGUUGAUCUUCGCUGGGAAGCAGCUGGAAGACGGACGCACGCUGUCCGACUACAACAUCCAGAAGGAGUCCACCCUCCACCUGGUUCUGAGGCUGCGUGGUGGAGCCAAGAAGAGGAAGAAGAAGUCGUACACGACCCCCAAGAAGAACAAGCACAAGAGGAAGAAGGUCAAGCUGGCCGUGCUCAAGUACUACAAGGUGGACGAGAACGGGAAGAUCCACCGUCUGCGGCGCGAGUGUCCGGCUGACGAGUGCGGUGCCGGCGUGUUCAUGGCCAGUCACUUUGACCGUCAUUACUGCGGGAAGUGCUGCCUCACGUACUGCUUCAACAAGCCCGAGGAUAAAUAAAUAAAUGAUCAAUAAACGUGAUUGAUAAACCCCAA